AGAAUCACUCAACAAUGUUUAUGAAGCAAGGCAUUUAGAUCUUACCAGAAACCGAUCUGAUUGUCCUUGCUGGAGACCAGCAUGGCUACAAAACUACCCUUUCGAGAAGAAUGCGACAACUGGACACCUUCCCAAGUUGCAGAUCUGCUCAGACAGUGUGGGAUGUAUGACUGUGCCAGGAUUGUGGAAAAAUUAAACAUAGAUGGAACUCAGUUUCUGAGUUUAUCAGAUUAUGAGAUGAACAGAUUCAGUACAAUGGACCGGCCGCAACUUCAAAAGAUAGUGCAUGACAUCAAGAAAAAUGAUAGUGGGAUAAUGAGCAAGUUCAAAAAGUUCCAAAAUGAACAAGUGGCCUUAAUAUGCAAAACUGGAAAAAAUACUUGGGAUCGGCUGACCAGUAAACCACCACCAAGUGUACCACCAGUAGAUUAUGUACCAGAGCCUGGGGAGGACGAGGACCAAUGGUCAGAUGAUUUUGAUAAUAGUGAUUAUGAGAAUCCAGAUGAUCACUCUGAUUCAGAGUACGUGGUUCCCAAUGGAGACAAUGGGGAUGACAGCUAUGAGCCCCCACCAAGCAUAAAGGGAACCAAGAAGAUUGCUGCAGCAUUCUCAGUUUCCAGGGGAGAAUACGCAGACAAUCGAUCUAGCCAACAGCAGCCCAUUGCCAAGCCUCUACCUACAUUGCCAGGUCAACCUUCAUCUAAACCAAAGAAAUUGGCCUCUUUGCCACCGCCAAAAAUCCCUCUGAAACAACAGGAAUGCACUGACAGUGAGGCAGAUUAUGUUGUACCCGUUGAUGAUGAAGAGGAGGAUGACAAUUACAUUGAACCUACUGAAGAAAGCCCUUCACAGCCUAUAAAACCCCCAGUGGUGAACAGAUCUAUCAAGCCCACAGCAAAACUUGAUCCUCCCAGUUCUUCAGUGCUGCCUCCUGGUCCUGUGUCACCUUCCAUGCUAGAUGUCUAUGAGAUUCCUGAGGAAGAGGAAAAAUCAUCACCACCAUUAACCAGGAUUUCCAAGUCAUUUCCCCCAAAGCCUGUUCAAAGACCAGGAGGACAUUCCCACAUACCAAACACAGCCAAAGAAUUGUCGAAGACGGAUGUGUCCAGAAACGUUUUGCCUCUCCCUAGAAACCGUCCUCAACUGAAAGUCGAUCCUGGUGGCUUUGAAGUGCAAAGUGGGGAAAUUCAUAACAGCAGUGGAACUCAAGAAUCCAGGUUUCUUUCUGGUGCAAUACCAUCUCCACUUCCAAGGAUUAUGAAAAAAACUCCAAAUCCAGCAAUACCCUCAAAACCAAGCCUUCCUAGUAGAGACCACCUAGCUAUGAAUGAAGACAAACCUAUACCAGCUGAACGUCUCUGGGGUUGCAACCACGAUCUUCCUCUUCCACCAAUACCAUCUAAUCUCCAUAAACCACUUCCACAAAAGCCACCUCUCUCUCUAAGAUCAAUGGAUCGCCUGAAUCGCAGCUUACCCACCCCACGCACCCCAAUUUCUAAUACAACAGAACAGGAUCCUAGUAUUCACAGUAAAGCAUGGUUUAUGGCUUCCAGUGAUCGAAAAAUGGCUGAGGAUGCCUUAUACAAAUCAAACAAGGAUGGAUCUUUCCUAGUAAGAAAAAGUUCUGGACAAGACUCAAAGCAACCAUAUACACUAGUUGUAUUUUACAACAAGCGAGUAUAUAACAUCCCUAUUCGAUUUAUUGAAUUAACAAGACAAUAUGCUCUAGGCAGAGAAAAAAGUGGUGAGGAGCGCUUUGACAGCGUGGCAGAAAUAAUAGAAAAUCAUCAACGGAAUUCUCUCGUUCUCAUUGAUAGUCAAAACAACACCAAAGACUCUACCAAACUAAAAUUUAUUACUAGAGUUUGAUACCUGCAUUGAGAAUUCAACAUGGAAAAUAUUGCAGGCCCCAUCUUCUGAGAGAUUCAAGAUCAAGAAUCUAAAUCUGCGAUUAGAAGACUUUUCUCCAAAAGCUUUACCAGCAAGAGCCACUUUUUAAUAAGACCACACAAUUUUAUAAAUAAAAAAAACCCAAGAUUUGGUACUGGCAGCUAAUUAAGAAUUAACUGUUUGUGACUUCAGUUCUGAUGUGGCUAUUCCAAAUUUAGAUGUGAAACAUUUUGUACUUGAAAUAUAUUUUUCUCAAGACAUUCUAAACUUCAGAGAAAAGAACAGUCACUAUUAAAGUGUAAUUGUUUAAUACAUUUAAAGGAACUGUACCUUACGCAGCUUACUCUUGCUAGUGUUAACAUGAAACCCAGAUUUGUCAAACUUAAGAAUCUCUAUGCCAAGAUAAGCUAUUGUUAUUAAUAAAUUAAUGGCAGGACUGUUUUGCUGGGAAAGAAAUCCAAAAAAACAGGAAUUGAAUUUUAGUAUGAUGUAGUGGAUUUCAUAAUAGUUUCAGCUGUAUGUGUUGGAACCCCUGUUACAUAAUGUGUGUUUUAAAUUAAAGUACAUGUAAAUAUAUUAAAAGAACUGAAUUUAUAUUAC